AUGCCCAUGGAUCUGGGGGUCAUCGCUAAGACAAAGGUCGUCUACGGGAAGGAGCUGCUCGAUGUGAAGGCAUCAACCAUGUUGGUGGCUGACACACUUCGCGCCCAGGCCAAAGCCCGCAAGAUGAAGGCCGGGACAAUGGGGCUGGCGCAAGGGCACCAACCUCAUGUGCGGGACGCGGCUGAACUCCUCCAGAAAGCAUGGGCCAGCGUCACCCCCCAGGAUAUUGCCAGGUGCUUCGUCAAAGCCGAGACGCUUCCAGAGGACAUGGCGGCGGAGCUCACCAAGCAACACGGAAAGACCCGGUUCGACAUCGCCGAGCCUGACCUGAAGGCUCUCACGGAGACUGUCAACACGUUGAGCACGAGCGUGAGCGACGCGCAGAAGCAGGGAUCCGCCGUCGUAGAUGACGAGAUCGCCGAACUGCUGGCAGAACUCAACAUCGAGCCUGGACAGCCGCUCGGGGGGCAAGCGGUGAGCGCAAUUCAGGGAUGGGCUACCAUCGAGGACGAUGCUGAGGUGGUAGAGGCUCUUCGGCUGGACGCGGCGGACGACAUGGCGGCAUUGCUAGCUGGAGCGCGCAUUUCUUCCGGCUGCGAUGAGGAAGAUGAAACGGAAGAUGGCGGUGGCGGUGAGAACACGGGGCGCGAGCGCCGUGCUCCACCGGCUUAUAGUGAGCUGUCACCUCACUUCGGCGUCCUGGAAUCGGCAGCAGAUGAGAGUGGCAAUGGAGACGCGGCGUUCCAUCUGCAGAAAGCAAAAAUGGCGAUGAUCGCAGCGCAUGCCGCUAAGCGGGUGCGCCAGGCAGACAUGAGAGAGUUUGUCCAGACGUAG